UCCUUCCAGACACGCAAUUGUUCCAUUCUUUGGCCCCUUUCACGCCUUCGUAAUCUCCAAAACCUCAAACAAACCCAUAAUCUUUCUUCAAAUUAAUCCCCCAAAAUGCAGUGUCCAAACACCAAUUUCUUCCGCUACAACACCACCUUAUGCUUCUGCAACCCGGGCUACUUUUACAACACCACCGACGCCACCUGCUCGCCGUUCACCGUCUCCGGCACCGGCGCCGAGGAGUUCAAGGUGGGUUCUGGAGUUGACUACUCAAUAAACAUUCCUGCUAACAUCUUUGCCUUUGAUACCAUCAAGAAGUUUACACAAUCUCAAGCUGUGUUUCUUGAAGCUACUGUUGUGUUGCUUGUGUCUUGGCUUUUGUUCUGCUUUUUUGUCAGAUUUGGGAAGCUGGCUGAUGGGACUACACAUUGGUUUAGGGUUAGGUGGUGGAUUAGUAGAUUGGAUGUCUGUUUUUCUACUCGACAUUGGCUGGAUGAUCAAAAGGUUGUCAAGAAACGAAAGACAGAGCUUGGUGGAGCUUUCUCAAUUGGAAGUUGGAUUCUUUUUAUUGGUUUGUUUGCUGCGUUGCUUUACCAAGUUAUAUCAAUGAGGACCAUUGAGAUACACAGUGUGAUAGCAACAAAUGCACCAGAUUUAGCUGCCUUCCAUAAUGACAUGGAAUUCAACAUAACAACCAUUUCCACCAUGAGUUGUUCCAAUCUAAAAGGACCCGGGACUUUAGUCACCGGAAAUCCCGCUUUUAUCGAUUCUCGAAUUCUACCGCUCUCCACAUUCGUCAAUUUCUCAUGCCAAAACACCACAAAGGGGCCCACCAUUACUCUUAAAUGUUACGAUUGCCAGCUUUUUAGCGACAGUUUAUACAUUUCAUGGCAGUUUGUUGACCUCCCAAACGUGCCGGCCGCUGCCGUCGGCUUUGAAUUUAUGUUAACCGCUAGAGACCGCCAACACACGAAACAUAUGAGUUAUGUAAGUGGUUCUUUGAAGAAUGGAAGCACAAAUAGUGCAAAGUUUGUCACUUAUAGAGGAAGAGAUCCAAAUAUUCUGCAAUUUAAUUUAUUUCCGAGAAUAUAUCGGAACAAACAUGAUCUUAGACUCAUCCAACCUCUGUUUCAUGAUUUCCUUCCGGGUUCGUCUUUUAGUGACGCAAAUCAGCUGCAGGCUUCGCUACAAGGUUCUAAUGACGGGUUCGUGAAUACCACCUUUCAUGUCAAUUUUCUUUCAUCCUACAUUGUGCAAGUUGACAAUCAAAGCACCCUUGGGCCCGUGGGCUUUCUUGCUGAUCUUGGUGGCUUGUACUGUGUUUGUAUUGGCAUAUUUUUCUACCUUUUGGUGCAAUUUGAAUAUAGGUUCAAAAGAUUCCGACAUGAGGAUGUGGUGAUGAGAAGUAUUAGAAGCCGCCGGAAAGCCCAAGAACGAUGGAAUAAGUUAAGGAAGUAUGUAAGUUUUACAUGGGGUCGUGGGAUAUCAGCGUUUGAAGAUGGAGUUUCUGUGGAUAUGCCGUCUUGCAACUGUUUUCCAGUACCUAAAGGAGGGCCGUCAUCAGCGUUUCAUCAAAAGAAACAAAUACGAAUGGAUACUAUUAGUUUCAACAAUAAAGUUAGCACACCAAGUGACAAGGUAUUAAGGGAUGUGAAUUCUCAGGAAGAACAUAAUGGAAACAUUAAGAAUUCAUCCGAUGUAGAUCCACAAGUCUUGGCUACUGAUGACAUACCUUUGCCGCCAUCAUUAGAAAUGAAUGGUAUCGAAAUUAGCAUUCCCGAGAUCCAGAAAAACCUUAAAAAUCUCUACGAAUACAACAUGAUGCUUAGAGAGAAGUUGGUUAGCACUCGAUCUACAAUCCAUGCUUUGACAUCUAACUCUUCUGCAUCCUCAUCGGACCAGAAGCACCAAUAGUGUGUGGUUUUGCUUAUUGUUGUAAUUCAUCCUAGUCAGUAGUCAUAUGUUUCCUUUUAAAAGAAAAAGCAAGUCAAAUUUGGUAUUCAGGUUUUGUUCAGGAUCAGUUUGGGCUGUAAAGUUGCAUUUGUAUCAUUUCGGUUUCAUAUAUGUAAAUUCGAGGCGAUAUAGUUCAUGUGCAGUACACAUCAAAAUUUAAAAUGGUA